UUGCUCCCCUGCCCCAGUCGCUUCCACAGAACUCGCCCUUUAAUCUACCGCACUCUUCGCGCAGUCUUCGCUCGGGUUUACCAGAGGCUCUCAACUGCUGAUGCAGGGCGCCUUUGCCGAUUAAAAGAGCGUCGGGGUAUGUCUCUUCCUGCCGACCAGCAACUCCUUGCGGCGGUUUUAGUUAGGCGAUGCUCUGGAGAGGUUUUGGAGUUCCGAAGUGCGGGGUCGUGUCUAGGUUGAGGGGACUUUGUAUGCGCCACUAAUUGGGCAUUCAGGUUCCCAAUUUGUGUGUUUUGCCCUGGCAGUUGGGCGAUUUUCACCCGGAAGCUCUCUAUAUUUGCUGUCAGGCAAUAGUGCAAGUUUUGUGGGUUUUUGGGUUGCUUCUAACUUUUUGUUGUUAACGGGCUAAGCAGACAUUCAACUGGGUUAAGAGUUGGGCCCAUAAGCUUACGACGAUGGUUAGGAGAGUGCCUGAUUUUUCAUCAACUUUUCCUGAACACUUGCACCCAUCAGAAGCGUGAAAUUGGUGCAUUAAAGGCUCUGACACACUCUGAUACGGGGAGCUGCCAGUCACAAAGUCGUGUGCGAAGCUUCUCUAUGCCUGAGUAGAUACUGAAAACCUCUUUAGUGGUACUCUUUCGCUGGCUAUUCUGUGUGCAGUGAAGAAUCUCUUUGGGGAUACUUUGAACCCUAGCCUGCGCAUGUGGGUGGUGUUGGGGUCGACUGUGAUUUGAGGUAAUCAAGGAAGCGGGAACUGCGAUCUCUCGACAUUGUGGUAUUCCUGGCAUGCUGACGGUUGGGGAUAGCUUCAUAAGUUGAUUACUGUGCACGUAAAGGCAGCACCAUGUGAGAGCACAAGUUGUGUGGUCGUCGUCUUCCGUUCGUUGGCGUGGUUGGUACGAUGAAGAUUAUCUGAGGUUAUUGUAUAGGUGUUAGAUAACGUACGUUUGGUAAUAUUUGUGAAAGUGAAGCCCAGUAUUGUUGGUUUUUGGAGCAUCAUAUACCUUGGAAUCAGUCAACGUGGAAGCAUGGCUGCUUCGCGGUCACGCUCUGGAUCCCAACAGCCCGACAUCGACAUUCGCCAAAUCAUUUCAGAAGCUCAGACUCGCUGGUUACGGCCCGUUGAAGUGUGCGAGAUCCUUAAGAACUAUGUAAAGUAUGGAUUUAAACUCAACCCCGUUCCGCCAGUUCGUCCCUGUAGUGGAUCCAUGUUUCUGUUUGACAGGAAAACUUUGAGAUACUUCCGCAAAGAUGGUCACAACUGGCGUAAGAAGAAGGAUGGGAAGACUGUGCGGGAGGCGCAUGAGCGACUCAAAACUGGCAGUGUUGAUGUUUUACAUUGUUAUUACGCUCAUGGCGAAGAUAAUUCCAGUUUCCAGAGAAGGUGCUACUGGAUGCUUGACCCUUCACUGGAACAUAUUGUGCUCGUUCACUACAGGGAAGUCACGGAAGGAGGCAGGUUUACAAUGAGUGAUUCGCAACAUAGUGCUCCAGCAGCUCAUGCCGCCAGCCCUCCCGAGGUGUCUAACCCAGCUACCUCUCCCGAAUUGGACCAGGAUGAUGCCGAUGUGAUCGAGUCUGAAGAAGUCGAAGAGCAUAGCUCUUUGGAUCCCAUCGUUUCUCCAAAUGCUCCUCAAGACACUCUGCUUGACCAGCUUACUCCCUCGGCUCGAGCUUCCGCAGACCUGAACAACUCCCUCAUGAACGGCUGGAUAGGAGGUGGAAGUGCUGCUUCCAAUAUGUGGAUGCCCUCUUCAAAUAGAGUUGGCACUUCAAGUCUGGAAAAUCUUCUGAACGCUCCUACUGGAUUGACACCUAGAAUAGGACCAUUUCCCCAGCAGUCAUCUGACAAGCAGCAGCUUGGAAAUAAUCAAUUUCCGGAUAUGUUUGGCACACAAGAGCCGUUUUCGAACGGUCAGCGACAGGAAAGUUUCACAGGGGCUAUUGAUGUCGCUGGGUGGAGUCGUCAAAUGAUGGAUAAUAACACGAGGAAUAAUAGUACCUUUGGGCAAAGUUCGGAUGGGCCUUUUGCACCGCAUACCGCAAGCGGACCUCCUACGUACGUGAAACAGGAAAGUAUGGGUGGGGCUACAAUGUGGUCUGAUAUCCUUGAGCAAUGCACUACUCCAUCAACUCACAGGAAUAUCAUGGAGUCGCUUAUGAACAACAAUCAGCUCGAAAUGAGCGAUUCGCCUCGCACACAGGAUCUUGGCUCUUCUCUGGUCCCCCCGUCGAAGGGUAUUUUGGAGGCUUUGUCUCCGAGAGGUCUAGGUCGGGAGCCUCAAACACCACUAGAAGCUAGUUUGCAGGCUGUGACUCAAGAAAAAGCUCUUAAAAGCGCUGGUCUAUAUCAAAGAAGAUUGUACGGCAUGAGAUCUGAAUCGCAGCAACUGGAUUUGCAGUUUGAAAGGAAAUCUCCUAUGGAAAAAAGUCCGGAGAGUGAGCCUUUCCCAAAAUUGGAUAGCUUUGGACGUUGGAUGAGUCAUACGUUGGAAGCUCAAAAUUUUCCAAGCCCGGGUGCCUUUCAAUCUAGCUGGCCUGGCACACCAACGAUGGGAUUUCCUGGUUUACCUGAUGAUAUGUAUCAAAUGCAAGUCGAUGCCAGUCUUAGUACUUCGGUUGUGGCUGAUCAGCGAUAUAGCAUCACGGAUUCUUCGCCAGAGUGGGCGUAUGCCUCUGAAGGUGCUAAGGUUCUAGUCUCAGGUGUGUUCUUAGGGGACUAUGCUAAUGCUUCCGAUAUUAAAUGGCACUGUAUGUUUGGAGAAGUGGAGGUUCCUGCGGAAGUUAUAAAUGGUGUGGUACUGAGGUGUAAGGCACCUCCACAUGCUCCUGGAAGGGUUUCUUUUUAUGUCACUUGUGGCGACCGUCAAGCCCAUAGUGAGAUUCGCGAGUUUGAGUAUCGUGCUGGUGGUAGGGUUGUCCCUGACACGAAAGUAGAGCGUCAAGCAACCGAGGAAAGAUUGCUCAAGGUUCGGUUGGCGCAAUUACUGCUGGCUGAGUCAGAUGAAGAUCCUGGACAAUUGGACGAUGCCACAGAUAUGAAGUUGCAAUGCUUGAGUCCCUUCUCCUCUUCCCACAGCCAUUCUGACUGGCAGGAAAUGGAAAAUCUCGCAAAUACUUCUGAUCACUCGCAAGAUAUCAACUUUCACGAUCGUUUACUCCAAAUGUUGCUCAAGUCCCGCAUGCAGAAGUGGUUAGUCUGUAAGAUUCAAGAGGAAGGAAAAGGCCCUUCAGUCCUUGAUGCGCAGGGGCAAGGAGUGCUUCACAUGGCUGCGGCUUUGGGUUAUGAUUGGGCAAUUGCUCCGAUGUUGGCCGCUGGUGUACCCAUCAACUUUCGGGAUGCACGUGGCUGGACUGCUCUUCAUUGGGCUGCUUCUUUCGCGAAGGAACAAGUGGUGAUCGCUCUGCUGGGACAUAAUGCAGAUCCAGGGGCGGUGACUGACCCCACACCUUCAUGUCCAUCUGGUCAAACCCCAGCAGACCUGGCGUUAAUGAAAGGACAUGUCGGAAUUGGAGGUUUCUUGGCUGAGAGCAGCUUAACACGCCGUCUAAAUGCGAUGAGCCUCGCUGACCAGAGUCCUAUAACUGUUGCAAAUGCCCAGUUCGCUGGUGAAACUGCUGUUGCAAAGCUGUCAAGACGUGAUAGCAUUAAGCAUACCUUAUCAAGUAAAUCUGAGGACUCGGUGUCCAUCAAGGAAUCAUUACAAGCGGUUCGCAAUGCUGCCCGAGCAGCUGCCUUAAUACAAGCAGCGUUCCGCCAGCACUCUUUCCGGAAGAGGGAGGAGGCAGAAGAAGAAGAGGCAUCGAUGAAGUUUGACGAGUAUGGUAUGACGGAGAGUCAAAUGCGUGGAUUUGUUGCAGCUCGUGCUGCUCAGAGAAUACAAAAAGCUUAUCGAGGCCAUCAGGAGAAGAAGCAACAACUGGCUGCUAGUCGCAUACAGCAGAAGUUCAGGAGUUGGAAGGUGCGCAAGGACUUCGUGAAUCUACGGCAGCGAGUGGUGAGGAUUCAGGCUCAUGUACGUGGAAACUUGGUUAGGAGGCGGUUCAAGAAGCUCUUAUGGUCAGUAGGGGUUUUAGAUAAAGUUAUACUACGGUGGAGACGCAAAAGAUCAGGUCUUCGGGGCUUCAAGAGCGGGGACCUUGGCAUUGAUACUAAAGAGGACGACGAAGAGUUUUUGAAAGAGGGAAGAAAACUAGCCGAGAAGGCUGUUGAGAAAGCAGUAACGACAGUCCAGACGAUGGUGCGAUCUCAGCCUGCCCGAGACCAGUACCGGCGUUUACUUGAAGGGACAAUCAAGGCCGAGAAGCUUGGGCAGUUUCAACAAGCAAGUCCACAAGAGUUUCAUACCAGCCCUGAUGUCGAGGAUUAUUCAUAUCAGGAAUUGCAAAAUCAGCACAUGAAUCAGUAUCUACCGCAUAAUGGCGACCAGCAUAUGACCUUUACUGAUUAAUUACUGUUUAUGAGAUUGCUAAUUUCAAUCCUGAAGUUGAAGCAGUUGUGCCGUUUGAUCGAGGAGUCUACCUUCUAAGCCUGGCAACUUUUUUAUUGGAGGACUUACAGACCACUCUUUUGGACCGGGUACUUGCUAGUUGUCGACUGCUUCAUUUGGUCAUAAAUGGGAGCAUUACGUGGGAAGUGUAUAAAGAGGAACCUGGACCUGAGACGAGAGUUCAUUUUCUUGCUGCAGAAUUGUUCCUGUUCACUGUGUAAACGAGUGUAAAGAGCACUGUGUAAUUUGUAGAUAUUUUCCAAGUUUGUGUGUGGACUGCCUCUCAUUACACACUGUUUUUGGGAUUGAAAAAAAGGAAUUCUUUAGGAGCAUUCAUAAUUGAUGUCUAGCCCCGUUUUAUUCGAAGGAUUGGGGGAACCGUGGAUAGUGUACCUUCUCCAUAACAAUGUACUUCAGCUUCCUCCAUCUUCUUCCUCCGUUUUACAGAACUCUUUUAUCACGUUGAUCUAUUUUACUUUGUCUCCAACUCUCUGUAGACGGUGCGCCAAAAUAUCUCUCAACUAGGCUCUUGUUCUGUUAUUAAAUCUUCAUGUAACUGAUUCUGAUAAACAUGGCUGGAAAUACCUGUUUGUGGAA